CAAGAUGAGUGGGAUUGCCUGGACUUUGCUCAGAGGGCUUUGUACAGGGAUGUCAUGUUGGAGACCUACAGUAAUAUGCUCUCUGUCGGUAUUUCAGUGUCAAAACCAAACCUGAUCAGUUCUCUUGAACAAAGCAAAGAGCCCUGGAAUGUGAACACUGAAGAGAAAGAAGGCAAUGAACAAGUUCUAUAUUCCCAUCAAACACAAGAACAACUUGCACAGGGAAAUAUACAAGAUCCAAUUCUGAAGUUGGUAUCUGGAAUAUCUAAACAAGAGAAGCAUUAUAUAAACAGUAUAAACGAAGAGACACAAUACGACUAUAAGGAAUAUGGAAAGAGCUUCAACAGAUGUUCAUGCCCCAUUAGUCAUAAGAUGAUUAUUUCCAAAGAGAAAGGACAAAAAUGUCAAGAUUGUGAUCAAUCUUUUUCUCAUCAUGCAAGUCCUCAAGCUCACCAAAGAAUCCAUUCUGCUGACAAACUUUACAAAUGUCAAGAAUGUGGCAAGUCCUUUAGCCAUCAUGCAAAUCUUUAAGCUCAUCACAAUAUCCAUACUGGUGACAAACCUUACAGAUGUCAAGAAUGUGGCAAGACCUUUAACCAGGUGUCAAAUCUUCACAAACAUUGCAGAAUCCAUACUGGCGAGAAACCUUACAGAUGUCAAGAAUGUGACAAGUCCUUUAGCCAGGUCUCAACACUUUACAGACAUCACAAAAUCCAUACUGGAGAGAGACCUCACAGAUGUCAAGAAUGUGGCAAGUCCUUUAGCCAGGUCUCAACACUUUACAGACAUCACAGAAUCCAUACUGGUGACAAACCUUAUAGGUGUCAAGAAUGUGGCAAGUCCUUUACCCGUCAUGCAAAUCUUCAAACUCAUCACAGAAUCCAUACUGGUGAAAAACCUUACAGGUGUAAAGAAUGUGGCAAGUCCUUUACCCGUCAUGCAAAUCUUCAAACUCAUCACAGAAUUCAUACUGAGAAACCUUAUAGAUGUAAAAAAUGUUGCAAGUCCUUUACUAUAUGCACAAGUCUUAGAAGGCAUCAGAAAAUUCAUGGAAUGGGUACACUUUAAAAAACUUCUUAGUUUAACUCACACCAAUUCAAUUGACCAGUCUUCAUACACUGAACAAGCUAUUUCACAGACUCAUAUGCUUCAAAUACUUUCCAAGCUUAGUCAAUACUUAUAUGGUGCUAGAGUCCUAAUAAAUUUAGAAAUAUUGUGUCCAGGUUUGAAUUUUAUAAUCAU